AUGUUGGAAUUCGGGAAUCUCGGCUCGUGGAAGGGGAAUCAGGCUCGGGAAGGAUUGGGUGAGGGUGAAGGAGAGUGGAGGAGCGGCGAAGAUAGGCCACCGAGUUCGAGGGACGAUAGGAUUGGACGCGGCAGCCGCGUGACUGCGCGGUGUGCUGACAGCGCGGAUGAUGUGGCGAUGGCAGGAGGCGAGAGCAGCUGCAGCAAGCAUCUGCACGCCCUCGCCCUCGUGGCGGCGUGCGCUCUCAGGGGGCAGCCCGCCGCCCUCUACGUCCUCCACGCCCUCCGCGCCCGCACCGCUGCACCCUCUGCUCCCGCAGUUCCCGCUGCUCCCACUAGCUCGCAGAAGAGAGAUCCUGCAGCGGCAGCUGCAACAGCAAGAGUGGCGCAGGCCGUGUCAAGGCAGGGGGUUGAACAAGCAGUGCUGGGGGAGGUAGUGGCGGAUGGGCACGUUUGCCGGAGACUGCACUGCCUCGCUGCACGACUGCAGGCUGCACCUGGUGUUGCGGACGCAGCAGCAGCAGCGUGGGCCGUGCCACGUGUGCCUGCUGACGUGGAUUGCCAGCUGGCAAGUGUGUCGUGCCCGUUAGCUGCGUGCAUGAUGGUGCAGAAGGCGGCAGAUGCGGGCAGUGCAGGUGGUAUUGCAGGUGGUAACGCAUGUGGCGAUGCUGCUGGCGGAAAUGUUGGCAGCGAUGGGGAGGAGGGUUCAGACUGGGAUUCAGAGAGCGGGGAUGUGUGGGUGGGAUGGACGGGCGGGGAGAGUGACGACGACGAGAGCGACGGGGGCGAGGAGGGGGAAGAGCGCGCAGAGAGUGCAUUGCUUAAGAGCGGCAUUCAACACCCUCUUCCCCCUCCUCAACACCAGCAUGAUCAUGCCACUCCCAGGUCUCAGCGUGGAGAGCCAAGGCUAGAGCAGGGUAGCGCAGUGGGAGCAGGAGGGGCCGGUGCAGAGGGAGAUGACGCGGUUCUGAGGGGUUUUGGGCGGGCGUUGUCGCUGGUUCUCGCUCAGUACGAGGCUGGGGUUUCCCAACUCGCCCGGACGUGCAUUGCUGCUCUUUCUGCCUCACCACAGACACCAGCAGCAGCAGCUGACUACCCCAGCCAUGUGCGCUCACUACUAGCAGCUGGUCCAGGCAGGGAUGCAGUAGAAGAGGCAGACGUGGCAGCACCUGGUGCGUCAGAUGCUGUGCUGCUGCUGGCCAUGCGGAGCAGGCGACUGAGGGCGCAGCUGAGGCGCCUGGUGGUUCUGCUGGGAAUGGAUCCUGGAGUGAGGGAGACGGCAGGGGUUGAGAUGAAGGGGCAGCCAUGGGAGGACGGGGCGUUGAAGGGGAAGGGGACAGUAGUGGGUGAGAUGGUUGAUGCAUGGUCGGUGGUGUAUCAUUGCCCUCAGAUGCUCAUGCCUAGCUCGUCAGAUUUAAGCAGUUCAGGCAUGCGAGGCAUGCCGCUCACUCCACCCGCUGCACACAUGCACCGCACGCCCCACACGCACCACAUAGACCAUGCUGUUGCUGCCAGCGGUGGCAGCAGAGGCCUGAGGAGCACCAUGGCUCUGGGUGACCUCUCCUCCCUGCAUCCCUCCCUUGCUGCUGCUGCUGCUGCCACUGCUGCUGCUGCUGCUGGGAGUGCUACUGCUUUUCGGAGUGCUGCUGCUGCUGGGACUGCUAACCCUGCCACCAACAUCACCGCCGCCACCACCGCCAUCACUCAUACCCCUGCUACCCCUGCUGGACAGUUCAGUCCUACUCGCAUCGUCACUCCACGCAUGGGUGCCCCAUCUCAUCUGGUCACCCCAUCCCAUCUGGUCACCCUAUCCCAUCUGGUCACCCCAUCUCAUCUGGUUACCCCAUCGCACUCAAUCACCCCAUCACGGUUCGACACACCUCGUUUCCUGUCCAACCAGGCAGCAGCAGUCGGCGACGCGUGGAGUGCGGCGCUCUUCCUUCGUCCCAACAAGAUCAAGCACCUGCUGCCCUUGUUCCUCCAUCCAGUGUCACACCUCGUUAAGCCACGUCACACUCAACCAGCUCUCGCGUCUGACUGGUCCAUCGAUUUCACCUUGGCUGGGGUGGCCCGAGCCAGAGAGAUUGUCCAGCACCGGCUUGCCAAGGCUGAGCUGCAGGUUCGGCAGCUCCUAGACGCCAUGGAGCCCCAGUCUGGUGCAGAAGGCGAGGCUCGGAUGGCUGAUGUAGGUGAUGGGGUGGAGGUGCAGACGCAGUUAGGGCCUGCACCCACCCACAGAGAAAUCGCGGGACAAGCAUUGGGGAGGGAGGAAGAGGAGCAGGGAAGAGGGCACGGGGGAAAGGAGCAGGGAAGAGGGCAUAGGGGAAAGGAGCAGGGAAGAGGGCAUAGGGGAAAGGAGCAGGGAAGAGGGCAUAGGGGAAAGGAGCAGGGAAGAGGGCAUAGGGGAAAGGAGCAGGGAAGGGAGCAGAUCUGCUCUGGCUGUGGCUGGUCGCAUGACCCCUCCUGGCACGUGCCUGGUGAUGACGUGGCAGCAGAUGAUUGGCCAUGGAAGGGCACUCAUCCCCCUCCUCUUUCCAAUCUGCUUGUCUCCCCCAACCGCACCACACCCAGCCAUACUGCACCCAAUCCCACCGCCCUCAGCCCCACGUUGCGACGGGCAUGGGUGGAGGGCGGUGCCAUGCUGCGGCUCACUGACCCCCGCUCUGGCCCCGCCUUCCCCUGGACGUGGAUGGCCUGUAAUGAGGAUGCUUGUAGUGGGGAUGGUUCUGGCGGGGGUGCGAUUCAUGGUGCUGGUGGCAUCUCAUGGCAUGCAUUGCUCCAGCAUUCACGGAGGCAUGGGGGGAUUGCUGCUGAAAGUGCACAGGAGACAGGAAAGGAGGGUGUUGCUCCGGGAGAAAACAAAGGAGGAAUUCAGGGAGCAAAGGAGAGAUCAAAGGAGAGAGCAAAGGAGGAAAGGAAGGACGGCUCAAGAAAGGGAGAGGCAGGUAGUUGGGGGCGAAAGCAGAAGGGAGGUAAGGAUGAGAGUGGAAAGCACAGCAGGAAGCAGAGUGGGAGGCAGACAGGGAAGCAGGGUGGGAGGCUGGGUGGGCAGCAGAGUGGGGAGGAUCUGGGUGGAAGGCAGAGUGGGCGUGGAGGGGCGGCAGGGAGGGGAGGGGGGCAUGUGACGGAUGAGGAGAGGCGGCUGGUAGGCAUGGCUGUCACAGAGAUGGAUGGGAGCUUCGAUGAUGCCAUGCAUGCCCACCUGCUGCUGCCCAUCCGAGCAAGUCACGCACUGGUGAGCAGGGCAGCAGUGCAGGUGCUGUUCACAGUGGGGCGCUACCGCGACCACUGCACCGCACUGCACCGCCUCUUCCUCUCUCCCCACCCCGCCCUGCCCUCUGCCCUCCUGCACGCCCUCCAUGCCGUGGACUGGGCUGGCCUUCGCUCGCUACCAGAGCAGCAGCACGCGCUCUCAUCCGCACUGGACACGGCCAUCUCGCGAGCCUGCCUCUCCUCCCUGCCCUCCACCUCCCUCUCCCGCCUCCACACUUUCAUCUCUCCCUCCUCCCUCUCCUCCUCCUCCCUCUCCUCCUCCGCCCUCUCCUCCAUAUCAACACCUCCACCUCACCCAAUGUCGCCAGGGCAGGGAGGGGGGGGAGUGGGCAGUGCGAGCAAGCAGCUGACGUGGAGCCCUUUGUCUGCCCACCGGCUGGGCGCGUUUGACUUUGUGCGGGUGGGGUACGACCCAGGCUGGCCUGCCAGUGUGGUGAUAACGCCCCAGCUGCUGCAGCAGUAUGGAGACAUUCUCACGGUGCUGCUCAGGCUGCAGCACGUGCAAAGGGCUGUUGAAAAUAUCACGCUUCAUGUCAAGGUCCUCCGUUCAGCAUUGUUGAACCCGUCGCUAGCACCAGCAGCAGAAGCAGCAGCAGCAGGCACGGCAGUGCACAGGGAGCGGUAUCGGCGGCUGUGCUUCCUCAACGUCUUCACCAUGCGUGCAUCACAGCUGGUGGCGUGCAUGCUCGCCUUCAUGAGUGCUCAGCUGCAGCGAGCAGCGCAGCAUGGGGACCAGAUUCUGCUGCUGGGCACUCACGCAGAACACAAGCCCCAUCUGGACCUAUUCUCAUUCCAAGAGGCACAUGCACAGUUUCUGAUAUACUGCACAACCAGGUGCCUGCUAGACACUCGAAGUGCGCCCAUCAGGGAGCGCCUAGACAGCCUGCUGCAGCUGGUGCUGGAUGUGCAUCGCAGUGUGGCCUCUGCCCCCAUGGUCGCCCCGCUCUCCGAGUUCUUUCUCGAUGACGAUGCUCCCAUCUGGGAAGAGGUGAGGAAUUCAGUUUCCCUUGAGAGAGACACUUCUGAAUAG